UCCGGGCAGAUCAGAACAUGCAAAACAAGAGAUGAAAUCCAAAUGGCGGUGGUAUAAGUAGAUCACACAUCUCCGUCCCGUUCUCUUUGUCGACGACUACCACUCGAGUUAGAUUAAAUGUCAACGACAGACUUUUUCCUGAAACCCCCUUCUUUUUUUUUGCCUGGGGUGUAUCACUUGAUUCCGACCAAUUACGCCAGAGUUAAAGCAGAGCAGCGACAGACAAUUCAAUUAUGCUUGGCCCUACAAAUCUUCAUUCUCUACAAAACGCAAUACUUCUCAGCAGUUUUGUCUUGUCUUAUUUGCAACAAAAGAGUUGUGUGACGUCGAAAAAGAACAAAUCUGUAUGACUCAAUGAACAAUCGUGCACCACGUGUCCUUCAGCCCUACAGCCAAGCGAGAGAAUUCCACAUUCAAGUAAAGGAUCGCCGAUGUUGACGUUAUCGGUCUUGGAACGUUUUUCUCGCGAGUACUACAAACGGUUGCCGUAAGAUGGCGACACUGACUAUGAUUGCUACGAGAACUUUCGUUUCCAUGGUAAUAAUGAACGCAUGUCAAAACAGUAUCGAUUAAUUUUUUUUGUGACAGAACUUGGAAAGAGAAACAUGGGGUUCGGGAUUGAUUGUCAGUGGUUUUAAGGGUGGAUAGUGAUCUCUGCUUGAUCCCCUUUCGAGAUCUACUAGAUUAUUAUUUUUAUCCAAAAUGACCGACACUAGCCCUAGAUCUGAAAAUGUCAAAGUCGUGGUUAGAGUCAGACCACUAAGCGAGUCGGAGAAAACUGCCGGUUACAAAAAUGUGGUCAAAGUUGAAUCAGUCAAUAAUAGUAUCAUUCUCCGGCAACAGCCAAAUAGUGGCAAUAGCGCUGGCCAAUCGUACAGUAAUGUGGACAGAAGCUUUGUCUUUGACUCUGUGUUCGAUCAAGAAUCGUCUCAGAUGGAAGUGUACAACCAAGCAGCAAGACCCAUUGUGCAGAAUGUCUUGGAAGGUUAUAAUGGCACCAUAUUUGCCUACGGACAGACAGGAACAGGGAAGACUUUCACCAUGGAGGGCAAUCCACAGGCUCCGGAACUAAGAGGAAUCAUUCCAAAUUCAUUUGCCCACAUUUUUGGGCAUAUAGCUAAAGAAUCUGAAAGAAAAAAGUUCUUGGUUCGUGUCUCUUACUUGGAAAUCUACAAUGAAGAAGUCAGAGAUUUGCUUAGUAAGAAUCAAAGCAUUCACCUGGAAAUCAAAGAGCGACCUGACGUUGGCGUGUACGUCAAAGACCUGUCGACGUAUGUUGUGAACAACGCCGAAGACAUGGAGCGAAUUAUGACGAUGGGCAAUAAGAAUCGCUCAGUCGGUGCUACGCAGAUGAACAUCCAUUCUUCACGUUCUCACGCCAUUUUCACUGUUGCCGUCGAAUGCAGUGAGAAAGCAAUAGAUGGAAACAGUACUCUUCAUGUUGGGCGACUCAAUUUAGUUGACUUGGCUGGAAGUGAGCGACAGACCAAGAGCGGUACAUCGGGCCUCCGAUUGCGAGAAGCUUCCAAGAUCAAUUGGUCGCUUUCUACACUGGGAAAUGUAAUUUCCUCUUUGGCCGAUGGCAAGGCGUCUCACGUUCCAUACCGCAAUUCCAAAUUGACCAGGCUGUUACAAGAUUCUCUCGGUGGCAACGCUAAAACGCUUAUGUGUGCCAAUAUCGGACCGGCGUCUUUCAACUUUGACGAAACUUUGAACACACUUCGCUACGCCAGCCGGGCCAAAAAUAUUCGCAAUAAAGCGCGCAUCAAUGAGGAUCCUAAAGAUGCAUUACUCAAACAGUUUCAGAGGGAGAUCGAGGAGCUUCGUCGUCAGUUGGAAGAAGUGGGUAGUGCUAGUUCUGAUGAAAGUGGUGACGAAAACUACGAAUUGCGCAAAGACAAGAAGCGGAAACCGCGAACAGAGAGUGAAAGAGCAGCCGUUAAGGCAAAAAUUGACGAGGAGCGAAGAUUGGUUAUGGAAAGCAGUCAACUGGCAGAAGAAGAGCGUAAGCAAGUAGCGCAAACAUUAGCGGAACAGGAGAAAGAACUGCAGACUGCCGCGGAAGAGGAAAUGCGUCUGAGACAGAAAUUAGCUUCAUUGGAGAGCAAAGUCAUUGUAGGAGGUGAAAAUCUACUAGAUCGGGUGGAACAACAAGCCAGUUUGCUAGAAGAGGCGAGGAAAGAAUUGGAAAUACGAAAAGCCAAAGAAGAUUUAUUACGCCAGCAGCUGCAAGAGAAAGAAGCUGAACGUAUUGAUAUGGAAGAACGUUAUAGCUCGUUGCAAGAAGAAGUACAGGGUAAGACGCGCAAACUUCGCAAAGUUUGGACGCUGCUGCAUUCGUCCAAGAGCGAAAUCGAAGACAUGCGGCAAGAACAUCAAACGCAAAUGGAACAGCUACUCGAAGGUGUGCGGCAACUUUCCAAAGAAUUGAAACUGUCUACUUUGAUCGUCGAUCAAUAUAUUCCUGCUCCCUAUCAGCAAAUCAUCGAGCAACAUGUCAACUGGAGUGAGGAGUACGGUGAAUGGCAACUGAGAGGCGUGGCUUAUGCUGGCAAUAACAUUAAUCAGUAUAAUUCUCCACGCCGCUCUGCUCGUUCCACAUAUAGACCCGAGCUGGAUCUAAGCUACGUGUAUCUGUCCUAUGAUGACGUCAUUGGUUUAUCUGAUCCCGUACGUCCAAAAUCAGCGAAAAUGAAAUCGCGAUCGGCGACAAGUGCUCGUCUUACAAGCAAGGGUGCCCGAGCUCCCUCAGCACAACGAACAAAGUAAUCUACAACGGAAUACUCCCUAGUCAGCAAACGCACGUAAACGUACUAUUGUAUAAUUUAAUAAUUCCAACUUUUGAUGCCCCAAACCACCUAAAUAAAAAGGACGUUAUUCCAAAA